CUUCCACUCCCCACUAACUCAGUAUACCUGAGCUUCAGCUUCUCAAAGUGUCAAAAUGCAGAUUUUGACUCAUCUACUAUGUAUUGCACUCUGUCUAUACCUCUUUCUUGUCAGCACAAAUGGGACACAAAUUAUUCUAGUUAACAACUGCAGAAGAAGCAUAUGGCCAGGAAUUCUUGGGAAUACAGGGAAGAUGACUCCUAAAGAUGGUGGCUUUCAUAUGAGAAGUGGUGACGAGGUAGUCUUCGAUGUGCCUAAGAAGUGGUCGGGUAGGAUAUGGGCCAGGCAGAAUUGUCACUUUAAUAAGACUGGUCAAGGCUCAUGUGAUACUGGAGACUGUAAUGGUCAAUUAAAAUGCCGGGGGUUAGGAGGUAAGCCACCGGCUACUGUUGUAGAAAUGACACUAGGUUCAUCAAUUUCACCCCUGCAUUUCUACGACGUGAGCUUAGUCGAUGGCUUCAACGUACCAGUUUCAAUGAGACCAGUAGGUGGAGGAGCAGGUUGUGGUGUGGCGGAGUGUGAUGUUGAUCUGAAUAUAUGCUGUCCAUCUGCACUAGAAGUGAAGGUUGAUGGGAAAGUGGUAGGGUGCAAGAGUGCUUGCUUGGCUAUACAAUCAGCCAAGUACUGCUGCACAGGGAAGUUUGCAGAUCCCAAAACUUGCAAACCUACUAUUUUUGCUCAUCUAUUUAAGGCCAUCUGCCCCAAGGCUUACAGUUAUGCAUUUGAUGAGUCUUCUAGCCUAAACAGGUGUAGGGCUACAAGGUAUGUCAUUAUCUUUUGCCCUCCAAAAUAAGAGUUCUGGGAAUCUGUAAUACAAGUUUCAUGUACCUUAGGACUGGAUGGAAACACAUGUCCAUCUAGAGGCAGUUUGUUGUCCUCUACUUAUGUAAC